AUGGCUCCUCCACUGCGAUGGAGCCCCCUCCUCCUUUUCCUCUGCCUGGUUGGCUCUGGGGCCCGGGAGCGUCCCACCGAAGGCUGCGAGGCUUCCAAGGGCGGGAGCCUCUUGCAAGCGACCGCUGCGCAGAGCCGCCUCCUCCUGAACCAUUCCCAGGCAGAUGGCAGAAGCCUCGCCCUUCACCGCCGGGCCUCGCGGGCUCGAGGAGGGGCGAAAGGCAAAGAGCGGCGCCGAGAGGGGAAUCUGGAUGCCGCCGUGGCCUCCAAGGCCUUUGACUGGGUGGACGACGUCGUGGACGCCAUGGUGGAUGUCGCGAACACCGUGGCUGACUAUGGCAGCCAGAUCGGCACUGAGCUCGCCGACGUUGGGCUCCAGGCCGGCAGCUUUGCCGGAAAUUCAGCGCUCGUCAUCGGAAAGUCGGUGGUGACCGUUGCGGAGCAGACCUAUAAAGCCGUGCCCAGCGAGAUCAAAGCAGCGGCGAGCACGUUGGGAAGCGAGGUGCUGAGUGCGGGAGCUCUUGUGGUCAGCGUGGGGGAGGCCGCAGCAAAGGCCGCCAGCCGCCUCAGCCAGGACGGGCUGCAGAAGGCUGCCAAGAGUUUGGAGCAGGGCGUCAAGCUCGCUGGCAAGGUGGCGCAGGAUGUGGCGGCAAAGGCCGCAGACCUUGGGGCGGAGGUGGGGAAGUUGGGGACCCUGGCUGUCGCACUGGCCGCCGAUGCGUGGAACGUCAUCAAGGAGCUCGUCGGCUGCUUUCUCAAGAUCUUCUCAUCGAUGUGUACCUUAUUUCUGGAGGAUGCCUGCGACUGCGAUGCAGGGAGCUACCUGACCCUGUCCACCUCGAAGAUCUCCGCGAGGUGCGUCUUCAAGGCCGGCGGCUUCACCCAAGGAUUCGGCCUCAAUGCCUCUGCCGGCGGCCACUUCGGCGAGGCAGACGAAAGCAGCAGCGGCAAGCCGAAGUUGCCGGGAAGUUCCUCGGUGCAGGAUCGCCGCGGCCCCCUGCAAGAGCUGAAGGAGAAGAAGUCACUGAGGACAAGCCUCGCAAAGGCGCCCGAGGGGAGCUGCAGCGGCCACAUGCAGUUGGCGAUCGAUGGACUCGUGCAGUUCGAGCCGGCUGUGGAGUUGAGCGUGGACACGGGGGGAGACACCGUGGUCGCUGUGAGCGGAACCGUGAGGGUGAGCGUGGAGGCGUUGGUGGAGGCUGAGGGCUCCUGCGCUUUCUUGUCGGAGCGCCGCUUCCCGAAGAAGCCGAUCAAGAAGGUCUUCUGCGCCAAGUUUUUUUGCGUCGCGGUGCUCCUGCAGAUGCUAGCCGAGCUGGAGGUGGCCGGAACUCUGACGGGCAGCGCCGAGCUGACCGCCAGCGCAGAUUUCGAGGUGUACAGCAGGACCACAGUGAAUCCGACGGGCAAGGCUGAGGUGGAA